AUGUCGGCUGCGGCUCCAGCGGCGGCUCCAGCUGCGGCCCCGGAUCAGCAGCAGCCAGCUUUUCGGGGUGAGUUCGGUUUCAUCGGCGGCGCGGUCGCCAAGGCGGUCUCCACCACAUUUAUUAUUUUGGUUGUGGCGGCUUUCGUUGCUCGGCACGUGCUGGACGACAAGUACACGAUCGCCAAGACCCACUCGCCCGAAAUCGUUCAAGCUCGCAUGCUCGCACGCUUCGAGGCCGGCUCCGUGAUCCCACGUUUCGAGAAAUACCACGUCAGUCGUCCAGAUGCUAUUGCGAUGCUUCAAGGGGUGCUGCGCCCCGCGCCGCUGGAGGCAUACACGGUCGUCGUUGGCGAAACAGGCUGCGGCAAGACCAGCGCCGUCCUCGACGCCAUCCGACCCAACCGCACUGGCAUUGUCUACCACAUCGUCCGGGAUGACCUCUUCGUCGACAUAUCGAAACGACUGGCCGAAUCGCUAGAUUUCGAGUUCAACCAAUUCACCUUCACAGAAGGCUAUUUGAAAGACCGUGGUGUUGAACUGCAUGAAGUAACAUCGGCAGCAGAACCCUUUAAGAGCUGGGUGUUGCUCAGUCUCAGUCUGAGGGACGUUGCGCAACAGUUCAAGACCAAGCACGGUCACCCUGCCACGCUCGUCAUCGACGCCGUAGACAUGAUCGCCAAGCAGGGUCCAGCACUGUUGCAUGUGAUUCAAAAUUUUGCCAAGUCGGCUGCUGACGAGCAGCUGCUCAAUGUUGUUCUCGUCACCAGCGAUGGUUCGACUCUGCCCGAGCUCGAGGAAUCAUCAGCGAUGACCCGUGCUCGCGUUGUUGAAGUGGGUGAUCUCACCGACGAACAAGCUGUCGAUUUUCUGCUACAUCGUGGCGUCAACGAGGAUUCGGCCAAGCGCGCGGUUGCUGAGAUUGCUGGCGGGCGUUUUGUUCUGCUCAAUCGGGUCACGAAACAGCUCGGCAGAGGACAUCAAGUGAAUCAGAUCUUUCUGGAGUUCCACAUUGGCACUCGAGGUGCCCUGCGUCGACUUUUCGGCGACUUGGCGCAGAUAUCGCCUCCCGCGAGCAGCACCUUUUGUCGUCUCUGUCGAGGUGCUCAGCAUGUCGAUGAUGUGGAGGAGGCUCUUGGUCGCGACCUCACCAAGAAACUUCUCGCCACCAACGUCAACAUUCUCGCUUACCAUCCCAACAAGACCUACACCCUUCACUCGCGCCACGUUCAGCGCUCUGUGUCUACCCUGCUGAACUGCACGAGACCGUAG